AUGAAGCAAUUUUGCCUUGUCCUGGCUGCUGCCACUGUCGCUCUACUUGGAUCCGCCAGUUCCAAGCCCACCGAGAAUGCUGGCCCAACUGACGGACAAGUCCUUAACUACGCUCUCACUCUCGAGCAUCUCGAGGCUACCUUUUACAAAGAUGGCUUGAAAAAUUACACGCACGAACAGUUCAUCGCGGCUGGAUUCCAUGAUCCAUUUUAUGAGAACCUUCAGACGGUGGCAUCGGACGAACAGACUCACGUCGAGUUUCUCACCAAGGCUUUGGCCGCUGCUGGUGCCACUCCGGUAGAGGCAUGUCAAUACUCAUUCCCAGCAACUGACGUUAAAUCCUUCGUUGCACUCGCCAAUGUCUUGGAAGGAGUUGGCGUUAGCGCAUAUCUCGGAGCAGCCGGGUUUAUCAUGGACAAAAAGUACUUGACGGCAGCAGGCAGUAUUCUCACGGUUGAAGCUCGUCAUAGUGCAUACAUCAGGGCGACACAUGGACAAGUUCCUUUCGCCCAGGCCUUUGAUAGCCCUCUCGGUCUCAACGAGGUCUUCACUCUUGCUUCUCCUUUCUUCGCAAGCUGCCCACCAAACAACCCAAAGCUCCCUGUCAAAGCAUUUCCAUCGCUCUCUGUGAGCCCAGCUGGUUCUGUGGUGGCUGGAUCAAGUGUUACCCUUACCCCUGGCGCAAUGUUCGAUGCUGGACAUGGCGAUAUCCAUGCAGCCUUUAUCACUGUCACCGGUCCCAUAUUUGUGCCCUUUAAGCAUACCGAUUCCAUGUUCACCCUCGAGAUCCCUAGCACUGUUGCUGGCCAGAGCUAUGUCGUGUUGACUUCGAGCAACUCGACAGUGAGCGAUGAUAAUGUUCUCGCGGGCCCUGCUAUUAUCGAAAUCGGUACCAAAACGACCAACAACUCGAUGACCGCCCCAACAAGCACGAUGAACCCAUCCAUGAGCGCCUCCCCAUCUACCACUGGACCUGCAGAAUUCCCUGGUUUCGCUCUACGUCUUGGGACCAACCUGGAGAGAGUAGCCAUGGGCAUGGUCCUGCAGGUACAUGCGACGAAGCACCAAGUUUGGUGGGGGUUGGUGGGAGUCACUUUUGACCAUCGACAACUUCUCUGCGCUCCCACCUGUGCUUUAUUUAUCUGGAUACACCAGGCAGAGCAAGGCAUGAUGGAUACGCCCACAGAGCUACCGGUCAGGCCAAAGCCCGUUGACGAGAACAAGCCGGCUGAAGAACAGAACCCCGCCGCCGAACAGAAGCCACCAAAAGAAAAGAAGCCAAAGGAGAAGAAGCCCAAAGAGAAGAAGCCAAAGCCUCCGAAAGCUCCCUCUGAAGCGAAACGCGCAGCUCCCGCCGUCAAUGAUCCCGAUGCGAUGUUCAAGGUCGGGUUCCUCGCGGAUGUGUACAAAGAGAGACCACUAGAAGAAACCGUCAACAAACAAGUGGUCACACGUUUCCCGCCAGAGCCAAACGGUUAUCUUCACAUCGGCCACAGCAAGGCUAUGACUAUCAACUUUGAAUUCGCAAAUUACUAUGGCGGACAGUGCUAUUUGCGGUUCGACGACUCCAACCCAAAGGGCGAGGAAGAACGAUACUGCGAGAGCAUCAAGGACAUCGUCAGCUGGCUGGGCUUCACACCUGUCAAGAUUACUCAUACAAGCGACUAUUUCGACCAGCUAUAUGAGCUCGCUGAGAAGUUGAUUCUGAAGGAUAAAGCUUACGUCUGUCACUGCACAGAUAGCGAGAUCAAGGCCCAGCGUGGUGCGGAUGAUACCUCAGACAAAAAGGGUAAUGAAAGAUUCGCCUGUGCCCACCGCGAUCGUCCCACAUCCGAAUCUCUCAACGAAUUCCGCGCAAUGCGAGAUGGCAAAUACCGAGCUCGAGAAGCCGCACUCCGCUUGAAGCAAGACCUGGAGAACCCAAAUCCUCAAAUGUGGGAUCUGUUUGCGUAUCGAGUUGUUGAAACGGACGAUGGCAACUUUGCCAAACAUUUGCAGACAGGAGACAAGUGGAAAAUAUAUCCAACGUACGAAUAUUGCCAUUGUGUUUGUGAUAGCAUUGAGGGUAUCACCCACUCGCUCUGCACCACGGAGUUCGAGCUAUCGCGUGAGUCUUAUGACUGGGUAGUUAACGAGCUCGAUAUAUACAAACCAAUGCAAAGAGAGUAUGGACGCCUAAAUAUCAACGGCACCAUCAUGUCGAAGCGGAAGCUCGUCGAGCUCGUCGAAGGUAACGAGCCAAAGGGAGGUAAUCGAGGCAAAUACGUCAAAGGAUGGGAUGAUCCUCGCCUUUUUACCCUUGUUGGCCUUCGUCGACGUGGAAUUCCUCCAGAGGCAAUUCUAUCCUUUGUAAAAGAGCUCGGUGUUACGAAGGCAAAGACUACGAUAGACGUUAAGCGAUUGGAACAAUCUGUGCGGUCUUAUCUGGAAGCAACGGUACCUAGGCUUAUGCUUAUUCUGGACCCUAUUCCUGUGAUCAUCGACAACCUCCCAGAGGAUUACGUCGAGAUGAUCGAGUUGCCCUUCUCAAAGGAUCCAAACCAUGGCUCUCACUCUGUUCCAUUUACCAAUACCGUCUACAUUGACCGGAGCGACUUUAGGGAGGAAGCCUCAGACAACUUUUACAGACUUGCUCCCGGCGGCUCAGUUGGUCUCCUUAAAGUUCCGUUCCCAAUCACGGCCACAUCCUUCGAAAAAGACCCCGCCACUGGCCUAGUUACCUCCAUCCACGCCAAAUACGACAAGCCAGAGGGAGACGACAAGUUCAAGAAGCCCAAAGCAUACAUCCAAUGGGUUGCUCGCUCCCCCACCCACAACAGCCCUGUCAGCGCUGAAGUGCACAAUUUUAACCCUCUCUUCAAGUCGACGAAUCCUGCUGGACACUCAGACGGGUUCCUGGCUGAUAUCAACCCCGACUCCGAAGAGAUCCUCCCCAACGCUAUUGUAGAGAUAGGCUUCCAUGAAGUGAAGGAGAGAGCUCCUUGGCCUGCAAAUAAGGGCGAGACUAAUGCUGACACCCCGUCGCCUGCGUCUGUUCGUUUCCAGGGCAUGCGCGUUGCAUAUUUCUGCGAGGACAGCACUAGCACGCCUGAGAAGAUUGUACUUAAUAGAAUUGUGACUUUGAAAGAGGACGCCGGCAAGGCGUAA